AUGGGGGAGAAGAAGCGCCUGGCUGUCAUAUUCAACUGCAUGCUGCAUGCGUGCGAGCGACAAGGAGACGCUCUUGGAGGCUUUGAGGUAUACAGGCAGAUGAGGUCCACCGGCGCCCCGCCAGACGAGGCAACCUUCCACAGCGUUGCUUCUCUGUUGGAAAGAGCGGGGGAGUACCAUGGGAUGCUAAAGCUAUUGGAGCACAUGGAAGGAGAAGGUCACGAACCUUCCUUGGCGGUUCUGGGUCUUGCUAUCAGCUGUUUCAGCAAAGCUGGAGUUGCCGACGCUGCUCUACAGCGAGCGCAUCAACUGCAGCGGCGAAUCCGUGUUGCUGCAGCUGCUGCUGCCCCUUCAGCAGCAGCCGCAGUGGCUGUUGCUACUGCUGGGCUACAACAAGAAGCAGAUGCAGUGGCAGCAGCAGCAGAGGCCCUACAGCAGGCCCUGCCGUCGAGCGUAUACGCAGCUCUUAUUUGCUGCUGUGCUAGCACCGGUAGAUACGACAAGGCUAUUGAACUGUACUCGGAGUGUGCUGCUCUAAGGCAGCAGCAGGAAGUGCUGCACCAUCGUAUGACUCAGCAGAAGCAGCGGCAACGACAGGAGCAACAGCAGCAGCAACAGCAGCAAAACCAAGAGUCGAAAGAACUGGAGCCUGAAGUGCUGCAGCACCUGCAGCAGCUGCUGCAUCGUGACUCAUACCUGCCAACAGCAGCAGUUACGAACGCAGCUAUAACUGCAGCAGCCGCAACCGGGAGGCUGCAGCUGGCCAUGACUAUCUACAGGCGUGAUUUGCUGCAGCUGCAAGUGCAGCAGCAACAGCACGGGCAGGACCAGCUCUCAGAAGAGAUAUUCGGGACCUGCAGUGCAGCAGAAGCCCAUGCACCCAGCACGCAUACGUACUUGCUCCUGCUUGCUGCUGCCGCUGCGCAGCAAAGCUGGAGCACGGUAGAUGUGCUGCUGCGCGACUUUGAGGAACAGCAACAGGAGCGACAACAGCAACAGUUGCCGCCUCUCGAUACUGCUGCAGUGUAUGCUGCAGCAGCUGAAGCGCUUGCUGCAGGGGGCAGGUGGAGGGAAGCGCUGCAGCUACUGCUGCAUUCACAUGCUGACUGGCUGCAGCAGCAAAAGCAGGCUAUACAAAAACUAAAACAUCUGAUCAGCAUGCAGCAUCUACUCAGGCAGCAGCAACCGCAGCAACCGCUGCUGCUGCAAGCCUUUCCACCAUCUGGCAGUGUCUCACCAUACCUUGCCCUUCUGCGCUGCUGCACUGCAGCAGCAGCCCCGAGAGAAUCGCUUGGCCUCCUGCGGCUACUGCAGCAGCGUUAUCAGCAGCAGCAGCAGCUUUUUGUGCUGCAGAAGGAGCUACAGGAGCAACAGCAGGACUCUUUUGCAGCAGCAGCUGCAGCCAUUCCCCCCGAAUUCCCCUUAAGUGCAUAUGCUGAGGUAAUGACGGCUGCAGCAGCAGCAGGAGACUGGCAGCUGCUGCUCUCGGUUGCUGCGGAGUUUGAGUCUCCUAAAAUCCAGCAGCAAAACGCAGCAGUAGCAGCAGCAACGGCUGCUGUUGCUGCAGCUAGCGCAAGGAGAACCUGUGAAGAGCCCGAGCGAAGCGCUGCUGCUGCCGCUCCUGCACAGAUUGACGGGGCAGCGGCAGCAGCAGCUGCAGCAAGAGCCACUGCCGCGCUGUCACAGCAGCAUAUACCCCUGGAGCAAAGGGUGCGUGUUGCAGCUCUAAAGCUGAAAGCACUUCUUCAUGUUGGCAACCACGAAGCAGCAGCUAACCAAAGGCAGAAGCUGCUGCUUCUACUUGAGGACAGGAGCACUGGCAGUAGCACAUCGCCACAGUCAGAGCCAGCUGACAUGCUGAUGGGGCGGCAACAGAAGCAGCAAGCACCGGAAGAUGACCCCCUUGUUAAUGAGACAUUGAAGCUUGGGGAGAAGCUUCUCGGUCCACCACACCAUCAGCAGAAACCGGGGGCUCCUCCAUUGCCGCUGCGCGAGCGCGAUGCCCACGAAGAGCUGCAGCGGCAAAAGCACCAGGAGAUAAUACUGCAGCAAAUCCAGCAACACAAGCAGCAUCAGGAGCCACAGUAA